CGGGCGCAGAAUGAAAGCGGAGAGAGUCGGUGUUAGUAAAUAGACCAGCGUGUACAAGCGUGAAGACGGAAUAAAACAGUACUGAUACAAUAUACGGAAUAAACAGCACUUGACAGACACAUUUUCGCACUGGGCAGUUUCGGUGACUCCUCUGAUGGAGGAUGAGGAGGAUGAACAGCUUCCUCACUGCUGUGAAACACCAUUAAGAAACAAGAGCACAGAGAACAGAGACGCCUUGCGUCGAGAGGUGGGACAAUCGACAAACCGACACGGACGUUUUGAAGACAGAUUCACUCAGACUGCGAGCUCUGUCCAGAACUCAGGGAGAGCUGGAGAUAUGGCACCAUUCCAGAGGUCUGAAGCAGAGACAUCAUCACGUCCCUGUGGAAAUGUUGAUGCCAGGACUGCAUUUAGGGCUAAUUGUGGAACUGGGGGCUGUGCGUCACUUACUGCGACCCCAGGGGCUCCUGAAGAGCCAAGAGCACUUUUUCAUGGAAAUGCUGGGUUUCGAGCCCACUUCCCUGCCCUGUUCGAACCCGUCCCGGAUGGUACACCAAACACAAGAGACAGAGCGGUGGAUGAAAUGAGGCAAGAAGAAAAAGAAGAUGAACCUGAGGGGGGGAUUAGUGUGGAGAUUCAGAUUGGACGUAAAUUACGAGAAAUGGGUGACCAGUUUCAGCAGGAACAUCUUCAGCUGUUCACUCAGCACCACAGGGGCCAGUUGGGUUGGUUCCACCUAGUAACAUCACUGUACAACUUCCUGUUUCCACGAGAAGGGCCCCGAAAUACAAGAGCCCAGAGAUGAGGGGGCCACAGCACAGGUUCAGGACCCAAAUGAGUUUCACGCAGCACUGCAAGACCUGGACUGUGCACAGAUAUGGAUUAUAUGGCUCAAAAACAGUGUGAAAAUGAAGCGAGUUGCCGCUGGUCUGAGACUUCCCUCCUUUUUCAACGAAGUCAUUAUCAGAAUGGUGCACUGGGGGAAAUGAGACAUAUUCUGCAGGUUGCAUAUCAAUAGUAAGAUAUUAAUAUUCUGCCUCAUGUUGUUUCCCCAAAACAUCUUCACAUUUGAGCGGAUCUCGGUGCAGUGGAUGCCUUAAAAAAUCCCAGAAGAAAGAAACUAUGCUGUGAGAACACCGAAGAGGUCCACAGAAAUAUAUUUGUGCUGAAACUUCUACACAUACUACACUCUGACACAUUCCUGAACAGAUCUGGAUUGAGCUUUUUCUGCUGGUUCAUCAGUGUUCUUGUUUGAUUCCCAUCCACGUGGCAGUUAUCAGUAUUAUUGGGACAGAGUUGAAGCACUUUUUUAAUUGGCAACAGAGACCUGUCGUCUUGACCAGGGCGUUUGUUCAUCCAUAGGCCAGUAACAUGCUUCAUAAAGGACUGAUGCACAGAAAUUUAAACAAUGAAUUAUUUGUUGAAAUGAAGACAAAUACUUGAACAUCAGGUUUUACUCUAUCAAUAUCGAGCCUUUUCUAAAAGUGUUUGCAUUUGAGAGGAAUGUGAAUUUUCUGAUAAAAACAUGUUGGAAUUCCUGCAGAAAAUGAUGCUUUCUCAUUAAGGGAGAAUGUACCACAAAUUAUUCAAUUCACAGGUGAAAAACAUAAAAAAAAGCUUUUGAAAAAUCAAUUUGCCUUAAUGAAUUUGUCUGUUCUGUUGUCUUAAAGACUCCAUGAAUUCACUUGAUGAGACAUUUCAUUCUAGAGAGCAUUUGAUUGGACUAAAAGAUAGACACGCCCAUGAGUGCAGGAUGAGUCAUCAAUAUUUUCAGGUUCAUUAUCCCAGAAAAGACUGUAAUUUUUACAUUUUAUGUGUACACCUACCAGAAGUUUUAGUAAACUUUUAGUAGUACACUAGCUUAUGAAUUGUUUUGAAGCCACAAAAUUCCAAUUCCAACUUCAUGUGGUCUUCAGGCUCUGUAUUUCUGUUCUUCUGUCUCAUAUCACAGACCUUUGACAUUUGAUAUCAAUAUGAAUUACAUAAAUGAUUUCUUUCAGGCACUGAGGUAUUAGUUUAGAUAUCACUGUUGAAAACCUCCUGUAGUUGUAAUUGGGGGUGAGAUUAUAAAAUGUGCUUGAAGAGCAAUACACCAAAUCAUCUUUUACUGUUUAACCCAAGCGAAAAAUGCAAUCACUAACAUAAAAUCUGCAAAUAUUAUCAGUUACCCCCCCCCCCCUUUUUUUAAGUUCUAGGAAAAGUUGUAUAUGUUUGUAAAUAGCGAUCACUGAUUAUUGCAAAGAUGAUUUUAUAAAUGUAAAUGUCUUAGAGGGAAAGUUUCCUCGUUCAGAUGGCAUAAAUAUGCUUUUAUGAGGAGGACAUGAAGGAACUCAUGAGAGAUGUAGAUUUUUAUCAGAACGCCCAGUGAGAAGGCCCAGUGACUGGCUCAUGAUUUGGUGUUGAUGUUAAUAUUUUAGUUUGAAUAUGAUUAAUGAUAAACUGGGAGAUGAUUUAUUUUCCAUAUAUAUCUUUUUAAACUCAUAUUGUAAAGUGAAAUGUAUUUAAAUAUAAGAUUAAUAUAAAUGUAAGUUAUGAAAAUAGAUAUUCCAUUUCUAGUUUCUUAAAGGUGAAGCGUGCAAUUUCUGAGACACCAAAUGUGAUGGCAAAAAUAACUAGAUAGGUCAAGUUUGUCAAGAGAAACUUUGAUGUUGGCUUGGCAAAGCUUUGUCUGAAAGUUUGAAAGUAGUUUUGAAUGUUCAAAGUUUGAUGGUUAUACCAGAGAUUAUUUAGCAGAGAUGGGCCACUUCCAUUAAAAUGAAUGGGAGAAAUUGGAAUGCUUAACGGCAAUCAAAGGUCAACAGAUGUAGAAAAGAAGUCCCACCUUAAAGUUAAAAGAGACAAUCACCUUUUAGAUACAGACAUCGCCUGUCAAUCAACUAGACAAUGCGCGUGUGCGUUAGCUUUACAAGCCCAGAAAAUGAGGUAAAUAUGAGGUAAAGAAGCACAAUUUAUGAUACCAGUGUUUUAAGAUUUUACUACUGAUUUGAAAUAUGUCCUUUGAUCGUAAUCUUGACCAACCGCUUAGCAGAUUUCGUUCUUUCCCCAUUCAAGUGGAAGCUGCGCUGUCAUGACUGGAAAUAGCCUCCUGAGAGCAUUCGAAAGAUGGCCGACAUUGGACUGACUUGCUAGAAAGAAUUUGGUUAUACCGACGCUGCAGUAAGACAAGCAGUUAGCUAGAUUGUCAGACUGUCACAUAGUCAGAUAAUCCAUCAGAUAGACAGAGAAAAGUAACUUAAAGCAGAUUAAAAGCCUUUUGUUUGUUUGUUUACAUUUGAAUUUUUGAACAGUAGGAGUUUGAAUUAACGAGCAUUCCGUUGGGCAGUUUGAACAUUCCGUCAAUGUUCAGAAUGUUCUAUGGGAUUUUUCAGAUAUUUUAUUGUCUACUUUUAUUUGUCAAGCCAACAUAAUGAUGGACACCUCCCCCAGUCUACCAAUGGACAGAUAAACAGGUAGUCCCACCCUGAACUCACACCAUUGGUUGAGCCCAUGUCGUUAUGUCGAGCUGGUCAGGUAGAUCCUCAUUGUUUACACUUUUCAGGGAAAUCAUCCUGGGACAGGAGGAAGUAUCUGAACAUCAAAAAAUAUUACACACUUCACCUUUAAAUGCUUUUUUUGUGGUACAAUCAAAAAAGGUGCCUGUACUUUGCAGUUCACAACUUUAUAUAGUUUGCUUGCGCAUUAUUGAUAAAAAGAUAUACAGUUUAUGACAUAUUUAAUGUUGUCUAUGAUUCCAGCAUAAGACGAAACCUACAAAUCAUGUCUUAUAACUUCCUCUGCAAUUAUUUCAAGACCAUUUUGUUUCCUGAAAACAUGUUCCACAAAUGUGAAUUCCAGUGCAGUGACAUUAUUGUCCUUUUGUUCUUUUGAUGAGUGUGCCUGUUAUAUUUGUGUAUUGGUGACAAUGACACUUACAGACAAUCAAACAGCUGAAGGUGCCUUAGAACAGCAGGCCAACAAAGAAUUCAUAUCACCAUCACGCUGAGCUUCAGUCAUCAUGGGUACACAAAUACUGUCGAUCCAAAUGCUGUUAAUGGUUCUUUGGGUCAAGGCAGACAUGUAUUACAGUUGGGGUGACAACCAAUUUUGCAAAUACCUCCAGCUAAACAACAGGGAGCUCGAACAGACUAUCAAAAGAUUUACGUGAGCACAAUCUCGCCAACUGAACUGAUUUUUGCAGGAAAAAGCUGCUGCUGCCUCUUUAUCUGAAAUGCCCUUUCAAAUGCACUCAAAAAAACAAAAAAAAAAAAGAAAAGAAAAAGGAGUAAAAACUCUGUACUGUUUUUUUAUUUUAUUUGGAAUGUGUACAGGACAUUCCUGCUGGUUCUUUUUUAAUCUUGCUACUUAAAAUAAUUUGAUAAAUGCACAAUUCUCAUAUUAAAUACUGUUAUGAAAAUGUAAGUAAGAUGUUUUUUACAUACAUAAAUGCUGUUAUAUAAAUGCUGACACAUUUUCUGCAAGAUUUGCUGCAUUAAAAUAUUUAUGAAUACUCAUUUGAGAGCU